CCAAUUGUGACGUCUACGCUCAGCACUUCCGCAAUUGAGCACGUGAAAACAGUUGACAUUGCGCGACUCCCACCUUGAGGAUCGCAGAGGAUUGAUUCACAAAAUAGUCCUCAUGGGUUCGUACUAUGUCCAGGUGUGUCUGAGAUGCAGAAGUCUUCUUUGCUCCAAGACCACGGCCACUACCUGGAACUUCAGCACUCAAGUUCGCCAGUGCACAACAGUUACAAGGGGAGCCGACAAGAUCCUAAAUGGAUCGUCAUUUUUCAGAGGGAGUCACCGAACAACUCAGGCAAGACAGGGGUGGAAACCGCAGGUGUUCUGUUACAGUGACCUAACGGCCAAACAUCUGGCAACUGAGUCUAAGGACGGCAAGUUCACAGAGGAGCUGUCAAGAGCUGAUGUUGUGGCAUACAAGAGCCCCCUGUUGCCAGUCAGUGAUGCCGUGCCGGGGAGUGAAAGCCAGAUGCCAUUAGAUCUGGAUGCUGCUGCUGAAGUUUCCGCAUUAGAGGUGAUCAGUGAUGAAGAAGCUAUCAGUAUACCUGUUCCUGACGCCAUGCCUCCAGCCUCCACCUCUCUUAAAGACUACGUUGACAAGUCUGAGACACUCGGCAAGCUCGUACAGCUAGGUGUGGAUCUGUGGAAGCUUGAACAAAGGCCCAACGUGGGAUCCAUGCUGCUGAGGCUGGACUUCAACACAGACGUGGCCCCGAGGCUGCUGUUUCUCAAAGAGAUCGGGGUGGAGGAAUCUCGCUUUGGCUAUAUCAUAACACACAACCCCUUCAUUCUCACGGCGAGUUUGGAAAACCUGCAGACCAGGGUGAACUAUUUGAAGUCAAAGAAGUUCAGUUCUGAGACGGUUGCUUCCAUGGUAUCUAGAGCUCCGUAUCUGCUAAACUUCAGUGUGAAGAGGCUGGACAACAGAAUGGGUUUUUUUCAGCAGCAACUCAACCUCAGUGCUUCUAAUACACGGGACAUCGUAGCUCGUCUCCCACGAUUACUGUGUGGCAGUUUGGAGCACGUUAAAGAAAAUCUCAAGGUAUGUGAAAUUGAGCUCGGCUUUAAGGCAAAUGAAAUCCAACACAUCGUUAUUGCCGUUCCAAAAGUGCUGACUGCCAGUAAAAGAAGGUUGACCCAAAUAUUUGACCUCAUCCACAACACCAUGAAGGUGCCACACCACCUGAUCACCAAGUUCCCACAGGUCCUGAAUACCAAGUACUUGCGUGUCAGAGAACGCCACCUGUUCCUCAAUUACCUUGGAAAAGCUCAGUAUGACCCAAAUCUGCCCAACUACAUCUCCCUGGACCGCCUGGUUUCCUUGCCAAAUGAGACUUUUUGCACUGAAUUGGCUUCUGCCUCACUGGAAGAUUUUUAUGUGUUCCAAAAGACACUUUGAUUCUUAAUGAGGUGACAUAAAAGUGAACUUCAGAAAAGGAGUGGACCAGUUUGCAGAAUAACUACCAUAAUGUCAGACACAUGCAGACAUGAGUGUUUUUAAACAUUCACCAUAGACUAUCGACAGUUUGAAACCAAAUGUCUGCUUUGUAAAUGUGAUGUUUAAUUAAUGUGCACACUGUAGAAAAACUUCUGCCUGAAAGACUUUUUUUUCUUCUUUAAAGCACAACCCAUCUAUCUUAAGAAACCACUAACAUGAUACAAGUUAUGAUCAGUCCAUCUGUAAAACAUUUGCUUCAUGUGAGGGACUGCUUAUAAAACUAUCACCGGUCUAUUGAAAACUGCCUAUAAUGAGAGAAGAUUGUGUAAAAGGCUCAGGCCUCAUUUCUCAGUCGUGAAAUGAAACUGCUGUUAAGAACAUUUAUUUAAGUACUGUAUUUAAUUGCAAACUCAAAGUACUUUCAAUGUUAAUGAGCAUUUCCAUUAAUUGUGCUGCUUGAUACUUUAAUCAAUUCUUUUUUUUGUUAUAUAUGUCUGACAGAAAUAGUUUAAGCAGAUAAAAAAUAAAGUCGUACUGUUGUGAAA